AAGAUGGAGAAGUCAGACUCACCUGCACCCAGCUGUGUGUCUUACCAAUCAAUGGAUCCACCACGAAACUUCACAGGAGAAUAUGAACCCAACCCAAAACUGAUGAAAUUGGAACGAUUCCACACACCUGGACUACACUCGGUGGAUUCAGAAGACGUGAAAAGAGAAUCUAUUACACCAGCUGAUUUCAGUGAGUUGGCUGUCAGUCUCUUGACCAACGAGGACUUCAGAUGUUCAGUCUGCAAAAGUGUAUUGAAAGACCCAGUCUCCAUCCCCUGUGGACACAGUUACUGCAAGCAGUGCAUCACCUCAUACUGGGAACAGCCUAGCCAAGCAGGCCACUACGCCUUUCCCCAGUGUCCACGCACAUACAGCUCCCACCCGGCACUCUGCUCAAACUCAGCCUUGGCACUGGUGGUCCACAAGCUAGAGCACUUCAGUCCUGUCCUGCCUGCCCAAAGCUAUGCUGGUCCUGGAGAUGUGGAGUGUGAUUUCUGCACCGGGCGGAAACUGAAGGCUGUUAAAACCUGUUUGACCUGCACUGCCUCCUUCUGCAGCACCCAUGUGAAAGAGCACUACACUAUUCCAGCACUGCAGAGACACACAUUAGUGGAAGCUGUUGAAACCAUGGAGGAGAAAAUGAUCCACACUGAAUUGAAGGAACCUCACAGGAGUGACUCUGAUGAGUCACCAAGUUCCUCAAGGAAGAGACGUGGUCAAGAGGAGGACCCAGUGCUACGUGUCAUGACUUCCAUGCAACAGGAGAUUCGUCAACUCAAAAGACAGGUGUCUGAUUUGCAAGAUACAAUUUCUACAUCUGACUGUAAAGUCAGAAAGGAAGAGAAAAAUAUCAGGUAAAUAUAAGCAUACGGGUGACAACAAUGGACACUUCAUUGUCAGAGAAAGCAUACUACCUAAAGUGCAACUUUCCCCCUAUUAAUAUUAUAAUUUGAAAUAUUCAUCUAGUCAAUUUAAUACAAGAAAAAACUGGAGAAAGUUAUCAAACUAUAUGCCAUCAAUGUUCUCAAAGCACACUGCCCAAAAAUUAAGGGAACAUCAAAAUAAUGUGUUGCUAUUCCAAGUUAAUCAUGCUUCUAA